ACCCUCACGGCCAAAAAAAAAACUCACCCUCGACCGGGCAUACCCGAGCCCUCGUAGGUUUGGCUCUCUUCCAGCCGCCGCCGCCGCCGCCCGAGGGAUCUGCUGCCACCGGAGCCCCUUUCCACCGGCCGGUGGAUUGGCUCCACCCUCCCUCCCAAAUCCCCCGCCCCCGAUCUUCCUCCUCCCCCUCGCCGUACAUCGCCCCGGCGCCUGAGCUCGCCGCAGCCGUCCUCCUCCUCGCCUACGACGCCGCCGCCCCCUACCUCCUUCCUCCAACGCCACCUACCGCCCUGCUUCACUUCUGACACCCCUGGCCCGCCCUGCUUCGCCUCCGAAUCCAAGCUUCUGCAAAUGCUUCAAGGCAGCGGCAUCUCCAACCAGAAGACCUUGUAUGAAGUUCUAUCUGUGCCUGAAGAUGCUACAUAUGACGAAAUACGUGCAGCAUACAAGUGUGCUGCUUUAAACACACAUCCUGACAAAGCACAGGCGACUGUCGAGUCAUCUGUGUGUACCGGCGAGCAACAUGGUUUUUUCGGUGUGCAGAAGGCAUGGGAAACCCUACGCUACCCCAAAUGUCGAGCAGAGUAUGAUAAACAGCUUCAAUCAUCCAGACAGAGCAUUGAUAUUAUCGCAUCUGAUAUCGAAAUCGAGGAUAUGACUGUUGAAAGUUCUGACGAUGGUGUGGAGCUAUUGUACGCCUGCAGAUGCGGCGAUUAUUUUUCGAUCACAGCUUGUGAGCUUGGUGAAAUGGGAAUUUCGGUGAGUGAAGAUGGGGAAAUAGUAGCGCAGGCACCUGAUUCUUUACCAACGUCUAUUGUUCUGGGAUGUGGCUCAUGUUCUCUUAAAACACGACUGGUUAUAAAUAAAGCUUGAUUCGUUGUACCGCUGGGUGUGUGUUGGUCAACAAAUACUGAUUUGAACACCUUCUAUCCUGCUCUUUUCAAGCGCCUCCGAUCAUCGUCGACAUAGCGUGUACUGUUGGCAUAUUCAUUCUUCCUUGUGUACCUGAGCUGGUUUUAUUGAGAUGAAUGAUGUUUUUGACCA